AUUCUGUCUCUAAUCUCUGCAACAGCGGCGCUUCCCGGGUCCCGCGGCUCCCCGACCCACUCAGCCGCCGCUGGCAGCCGGGCGAUAAUCAGAGCCGCCCCCGCCCCGUCGCCCGCCAUGGAAACCCUCCAAGAAAAAGUGGCCCCGGACGCGUGUGCCUGAGGAUUCCGCACAAAAGAGGUGCCCAAAAUGAAGACCCUGAUGCGCCAUGGUCUGGCAGUGUGUUUAGCGCUCACCACCAUGUGCACCAGCUUGUUGCUCGUGUACAGCAGCCUCGGCGGCCAGAAGGAGCGGCCCCCGCAGCAGCAGCAGCAUCAGGCAACCGCGACCGGCAGCGCGCAGCCGUCGGCGAGGAGCAGCCCCUCAUCGCGCCCCGGGGUCCCCGCGGUACCGCGACCCCUGGAUGGAUACCUUGGCGUGGCGGAUCACAAGCCCCUGAAAAUGCACUGCAGGGACUGUGCCCUGGUGACAAGCUCGGGGCAUCUGCUGCGCAGCGGGCAAGGCCCUCAGAUUGACCAGACCGAGUGCGUCAUCCGCAUGAAUGACGCCCCCACGCGCGGCUACGGGCGCGAUGUGGGCAAUCGCACCAGCCUGAGAGUCAUCGCGCAUUCCAGCAUCCAGAGGAUCCUCCGCAACCGCCACGACCUGCUCAACGUGAGCCAGGGUACCGUGUUCAUCUUCUGGGGUCCCAGCAGCUACAUGCGGCGCGACGGCAAGGGCCAGGUCUACAACAACCUGCAGCUCCUGAGCCAGGUGCUGCCCCGCCUGAAGGCCUUCAUGAUCACGCGCCACAAGAUGCUGCAGUUCGACGAGCUCUUCAAGCGGGAGACUGGCAAAGACAGGAAGAUCUCCAACACUUGGCUCAGCACUGGCUGGUUCACAAUGACCAUUGCGCUGGAGCUCUGUGACAGGAUCAACGUUUACGGUAUGGUGCCCCCAGACUUCUGCAGGGAUCGCAAUCAUCCUUCAGUACCUUAUCACUAUUAUGAGCCUUUUGGACCUGAUGAAUGUACAAUGUACCUCUCCCAUGAGCGAGGACGGAAGGGUAGUCAUCACCGCUUUAUCACAGAGAAGCGAGUCUUUAAGAACUGGGCACGGACAUUCAAUAUUCACUUUUUUCAACCAGACUGGAAACCAGAAUCGCUUCCUAUAAAUCAUCCUGAGAAUAAACCUGUGUUCUGAGGAAUGAGCGUGCCAGACCAAAAUCCUACGUACCUGCCAUUUCAGACACCAGGGGCCCGAACUUCCUGAGCCACCAGACACGAAAGAAGAACAGAACUGGUAGCAAGAAUAGCUUCACUUCUCAAGAAGUACUGUGUACAGAUGCCUACGAAAUGUAACAACAAAGCAGUGCAAUUGGUUUGUAAGGGAAAAAUCCAGAAUUAGUACAUCCUAAUGAGUGCUGUCCCUUUCAAAAGGGCUUAUCUUAGGAACAGAACACUCAUUUCAAUGAUGCUGCCAUGGCUAAAAACAUUUUGGAUCUUUUUAAGUAUUGCCUUCAAGACUGAAAUAUGAGCAACUCAACAAUAUAAUAGUUGUAUUCCUUUAUAGAAAUAACACAUCAACAGACUUUUUUCUAUCAAGUUGUAUCCUAACCUGUGCUGUAACCUUUGUCAUCUGUUGGAAUCUGUGUGUGUGAUUUGUAAAAAGCAGCCUGAAAGUAUGGACAUGAUUUCUGAAGAGCACAUCUCCACUGACUUUCAUAAAGCAAAUGCCCAAUAUUUAUUUAUUGAGAGUUUUGUAGUGUACACUAGGCCAGUAUUUUUAUA